AUGUCGUGGCAAAAUCAGUACAACCAACACCAGGGUGGUUACCAACAGCAUGCACCACCUUCAUAUAAUCCCCAAUACCAACAACAACAACCAGCGUGUCCUCCUGGAAUUGAUCCAACGGUUUUCUACUGGUUUCAGGCAGUGGACCAGGACCGUUCAGGCAAGAUAAACGCAGCUGAAUUACGAAAAGCGUUGAUGAAUAACAAGAUGAAACAAUUCAACCCCGAAACCUGUCGUCUCAUGAUUGGAAUGUUUGAUAAAAACAAGCAAGUUGAUGGAGACGGCACGAUUGAUUUGCGUGAAUUCUCAGCUUUAUGGAACUACAUCCAACAAUGGAGGCAAUGUUUUGAUUCUUUUGACACAGAUAAGUCCGGCAACAUUGAUUGUGGAGAACUACACAGAGCUUUCCAUACUUUUGGAUAUCGUUUGUCCAUGGAGUUUUGUAAAAUGAUUGUUCGUGUAUUUGACAAAACUUCAGCAAACACAAUCGAUUUUGACGACUUUAUCCAAGUAUGUGUGAUGUUGCACACGCUCACGGACAAGUUUCGGCAGAAUGAUAAAAAUCAAUCCGGUUACAUACAAGUACAUUAUGAACAGACAGGUUUAACUUUUAGCUGA